UUCACACCAAUUUACUUGUUUUUUUUUUUUUUCUUUAUUACUUGCAAUUUCUCUAACAUUCGAACUAUCAAUAUCUCGCAAAUUCAAAAAAAAUAAAUAUGGAUAACCAAUAUUAUGCACCACCACAUUCAGAUGCAUCUAGGCCAUCGUUAGGAUUUCCUUUGGGUACUGCUGUGCUUUUGAUUGUCAUUUUUAGCUUAAGUGGUAUUUUUUCUUGCUGCUAUCACUGGGAAAAGCUCCGAUCGCUUCGUCGAUCGUUUGCUGAUUUGGAAUCCGGCCUCGAUCCUACUUCUAUGAAAUAUAAGCAAAACCAUAUGAAUUGGAAACAAACCCAGAGUCCAAUUUUGCCAGCAGUUUUAAUGCCAGGUGAUGAAUUUCCAAAAUUCAUAGCAAUGCCAUGUCCAUGUCAGUUUCCGGCAUCGGAAAAAGUCGUUCAUGACUUGCAGAAAUUGCCGCCACCGUUGCCGUCGCCGCCUAAGCCGCCACGAACGGUGGCCGCAGUACCUUUCUAUUAGUAAAAUAAAAAUUCAAUUUUUAGAAAUGUGUAAAUUAGCGUUAUAGAGUUUUAGUUUAAAUCGAAUUCCCAAUCUUUUUUUACUUGUGAAUAAUAAUGAUAUCUCAACAAUUCCUUUUGAGGUCGGAUUAUUUCGGUUCA